CUUCCGUGCGCCCCUCGCGACACUUUGCCGACAAACCGUGAGUGAGUGCGCGUGCAGUGAGUGCUAUGUGCUCGGCCGCAUGAGGAUCCUGCUAAGCGAGCUGGGACUGUCUGGCGCGUGCCUCGGAGUGACCCUGGAGCCGCGCGCCGCCGCCGAGGACUCGGAGAAGUCAGCGCCAGGUCAGCGCCCGCACGACGAUUCGCCUCCCUCUACUUCUGUGUUUAUUUUCGCUUUCGUUGUGUAGAACCUCUUGGUGUAAACCUUAGACUCUGUGUGGAACUGUUGUGACGAUGGCUAUCGGCUAGAAUGCGAGGUGCGUUGCUGACGCCCUCCAGCCAACAUUGCGGCCUUAGAAAAUUCCUUAUUACACGGCCGAGCGCUAUAGAGUCGCGCUCGCCAAGUGCUUUUUCGUCCAACUCAUCCAGCAUGCUACUGCUGCAAACACAAAGCAACUACAGUUCAUCCUUCGCUGAUCUUCUGUCAUCGCAGUAUCAAGAAGACUCUGAAAUCUUAGACGAGAACUUAGAUCCAUUUCCGGACGUAGAAUUCCAUGCACCUAUUGAACCGGAAAUAAAAUCACAACGAAUUACGCCUGUGAGCGAAACACCAUCGCCGACGCCCGGUCCGGCGUUACCAAGUUUUGAGGAGACCUACUCGGUUAGAUACCCUAAACUGGAAAUGGCAGAAUUUGGUAUUAAAAUGGACGAAGAUUGUUACAACGUAGGACCAUACUCUCACCAGGGUCAUGCAUCAACGCAGUUACUUUAUCAAUACCACCAGCCAACAUUACCAUACGUUCCCUCGCCAUACUAUGCACCGGCUCAACCCUGCAGUCCAACAUUCGAUACAGGGAGCGUCACUCCUACACCAGAUUCAUACUCUUUACCACCUUUUCCUAGUUCAGUUGACUUACACAUAACAACAGAUCAAAAUUCAAGACAACGACGGGCCUCUCUACCAGUACAAAGAUCGGAAUCGAGCAGCUCAAAUGAGAGUCCCAAAAUUCACGGUGGAAGAGUACAUUGCAUGCAAGCAUCAGCCCCCAGUUCUGCAGCGAGUUCGCCAGGUGGUGCACCGCAAGAUAACGUGGUAACCCGUGCGGCCCCUCAGUCACCCAGCCAAUUAUGUGCUGUGUGUGGAGAUACAGCUGCUUGCCAACACUACGGUGUGAGAACGUGCGAAGGAUGUAAAGGAUUCUUUAAAAGAACAGUUCAAAAAGGAUCAAAAUAUGUAUGCUUAGCCGAAAAAUCUUGCCCAGUGGAUAAAAGAAGACGCAAUAGGUGUCAAUUUUGUCGUUUCCAAAAAUGUCUCGCAGUCGGCAUGGUUAAGGAAGUCGUCAGAACAGACUCGUUAAAGGGAAGACGCGGACGGUUGCCGUCCAAACCAAAAUGCCCGCAGGAAUCUCCCCCGAGUCCACCAAUCUCACUCAUCACGGCUCUCGUUCGAGCACACGUAGACACGUCACCAGACUUCUCUAACCUAGAUUACUCGCAGUUUAGAGAACCAAAUCCGAUGGAACAACCGAUGUCAGACCUAGAAGUUAUUCAACAAUUCUACUCAUUGCUAACGACUUCUAUUGACAUGAUAAAGGUGUUCGCGGAAAAGGUACCUGGUUAUGGAGAGCUUUGUCCUGAAGACAGAGAACAAUUGUUUGCAUCCGCUCGCUUGGAAUUAUUCGUACUUAGACUUGCUUACCGCACGCGGCCUGAAGACACCAAGCUAACCUUCUGUAAUGGACUUGUGCUUGACAAACGCCAAUGCCAAAGAUCAUUUGGAGAUUGGCUUCAUGCAGUACUGGACUUCAGUAAUACGCUGCAUUCAAUGGACAUUGAUAUUUCAACAUUUGCCUGUCUUUGUGCGCUCACUUUAAUAACAGAACGGCACGGCUUGAAGGAGCCCCACAGAGUUGAGCAAUUGCAAAUGAAGAUAAUUGGGUGUCUACGAGCACACAUGCCUGGUGGCGGGGGCGUAGGAGGAGCUGGGGCUCCACACUUUAGUCGGGUUCUUGGAGCUCUACCUGAACUAAGAUCUCUCUCCGUACAAGGUCUCCAGCGCAUAUUCUACCUGAAACUUGAAGACUUAGUACCGGCACCGCCACUAAUCGAAAACAUGUUUCGUGCAAGCUUACCGUUUUAAGCAGUAGUUUCAGGUCCCGCCUUAAAAACUCAUCCUUUAAAGCCGGCCCCAUUAUUUUUGUAAUUGUUUACUUAAAUUAAAAUAUUUUUCUAGAAUAACCUAGCAUUCGAUCUCCAUGAAAUCGGUUCUUGAAUGAAUUUCAGUAUAAUAAAUAAGUUUAUUCGUUACAUUUAAGUAAAUAUAAUCAUAAGUAUAAGAUUAAUUUAUUGUUAUUGUAAAUUGUGUGAUUCAGUUAUCUUUUUAAAUAUCUACUUAGUAGGCUGCAUUUGAGUUACCGCUCGUGAUCAAUGGCAUCUCGUCGUACAAAUAUUCCUAUGUUAUUUACUUGUGUAUUAAUAUUUAAAUAAGAAAAAUCUAGUCACAAGACUUAUAAAUAUAAAAAAUUUGGCUUAUGGGUCACCGAUUUUUAUAGUAUUUUACAAAUAUUGAAAUCGUUAUUGAUGUCAUACAUGGAUACGAUGUCGUUGCGAUGUAGGUACCGUUUUUCGGUACUUCGUAUCUGGAAAGACUAGACUUUGAGUCGAAUGAGUAUCAGUCGGGAGUUACCUUUUAGAUUAUAAUUAUAAUUAAGUCGUUGUGAAUAUUUUUGUUACAUUAAAUCCUUUCGUACAAUUCAUAUAGAAUCAG